AGUAUUAAUUAAAUCAAACCCUUCUCUCUCUUCAUUCCAUUCCAUUCCAUUCCAUUCAAUCCCUCAACUCUCUCCUUCGAAAUGCUCAAAUCCCAUCAUCACCACCACCUUCAAAUCUCCCAUUCCCAUCUCCUGCUUCCUCAUUUCUAGCUCUGUUCAACCUCUGCAAUUCAAUGGCGGUCAGCUCUACUGAAGAGGGAUGUGAUGCUUAUAGUGUUGUAGUAUUGUCGGAUGAAGGCAACCCUGGACUCGAAUUUGAACUGCCAACAACUCUCUCAACUCCUGCGGAGGUUCGCAAUCCACUCAAAAGCCAGCUAUCGUUGGACGCCCGUCUGAGCAACCAAAGCUACAUCAACAUGAUGGUGGAAAACGCAAUUGCAUAUUCGACAUGCACUAUAGAUGUUGACAUCGAAAAAGGAAAGUCAGAGACUCGAAGCAAAGAGGAAACACCUGGUAAUUUGAAGAAUGAUGGAGUAUUGACGAAAUCACUACAGAAACAGAUCAGCUUCGAUAUGGGAGGUAAAUACAUGCAGCUGUUGAUGAACCACAGCCUGAUGCUAUCCAAGUUCUCUACUCGAGAUAAAACAGCAGCUGAGAAAGUUCUUGAUGCCCCCAGAUCGAGGAAAUAUAAACGUGCCGCGUCUAUGAAUUCAAGAAAAGUUGUUCUCCUCUUCUCAGUCUUGUCGAGUUUGGGAACAAUAAUAUUGAUUUAUCUGACAUUGAGAGUUAGACAGAUUGGCGAUGCAUCUAUUCAUUCAGACUGAAACUAGCGUGCACUUUUUUGUGGCCGGAAACGAUUUCUUUGAUGACUUUUUACGAGACCGGAGAGGCUUAGUGCACGAAGUUAUGCUCAUUUUGGGUGCUUCAUUGUUUUUGGCAGACCAAUUCUUUCCUGUUUUAGGAGUUGCAUUUGUUUAUAUGUACAUAACAACUUUGAGAAUCCAUUUUGUUGAAAUGUAGUAGUUGAUCAUCUUCUCUA